AUGAGUUGGUGGUUCGCCUGGAUGGGCGUAUGCACUCGCUUAACCACAAGCAAUGGCGCACCUGUUGAGAGCCGCGACACCUCAACACUGAACAAAAGCCUGAUGUACAACAGUUUCUUCAUGGAUUCCUUGACUCGCUUCACACGGGAGAGGGUUCAGGAACGCGUCGUUCACGGCAAGGGCGCCGGCGCAUUCGGGUAUUUAGAAGUCACACAUAAUGUGACAGAAUUCACGAAGGCCGAUUUCCUCAACGGCAUCGGGAAGAGGACCCCAGUGUCUGUGAGAUUUUCGCCAACUGUAGUGGAACGGGGCGGCUCAGAUAUGUUCCGAGCGGCGCGGGGAUUCGCCGUGAAGUUCUACACGCGCGAAGGCAAUUUCGACUUCCUGGGCUUCAAUACUGCCAUGUUUGUAAUCAAGGAUCCUGUAUUAUUCCCCACUUUUAUCCACAGUCAACGGCGGAACCCCUCUACUGGAAUACGCGAUAGCAACAUGCUUUGGGACUUCUUAACACUGAAUCCUGAAUCGUUUAAUUUGUUCAUCACUGUAUUCGGUGAUGAUGGUAUACCGAAGGGCUAUCGUCAUAUGGGUGGAUUCAGCAUACACACAUAUCAAAUUCAGAACAAACAAGGUGAGAUCUAUUUUGCGAGAUUACAUUUCCGGCCAGACGCCGGGAAAGCGAGUAUAACAACUGAAGAAGCUAGAUAUCUGGAUGCUACCGAUCCUGAUUAUUUUACCAGAGAUUUGUACGAGGCGAUCGCGUGUGGAAAACAAGUGAGUUGGACAUUUCUUCUGCAAAUACUGACCUUAGAACAAGCACUGAACAGUGAUAUUGAUGUCUUUGAUGUGACAAUAGAACUGCCUACAGAUGAAUACCCUCUCACAGAGGUUGGCAAAUUGGUUCUUAAUAGAAACCCAGUUAACAACUUCGCAGAAGUGGAGCAGUUGGCGUUCUGCCCAUGUAAUUUGGUACCCGGCAUAGACGGAGCUCCAGAUAAGGUUUUCGAGGCGCGAACCUUCGUCUACCGAGACACUAACAUCUAUCGUAUGGGUGUAAACGUCAAUAAGAUCAAAGCUAAUCGUCCGAUCCAGGCUAGUACGUAUAAUAGAGAUGGACGACCACCCGUAGGCGACAACGGAGAGGACAUGCCAAAUUAUUAUCCUAACUCUUUCAAUGGACCAAAAGAGUAUCAGGAUAGGAACAGAUCGAAGUUGAUUGAGAUUUACCAAAAGGAACCAAAUAAUACUGCACAAACCGGUCGGAGAUACCGGGAAAUGUCCGGUGGGGAGAAGGAGCGUCUAAUAAGUAACAUUAUAGACAGCCUGGGUCCAGCCAUACCGGAACUUCACGAGAGAGCGGUUAAAAUAUUUACAGAAAUCGACCAGGAUCUUGGGAGUCGAGUCUACCAAGCGUUGAAAGAAUAUCAGAGAGAACCAGCUUGUAACAAUUUUGAGUAA